UAAAAAUGAUAAUUUCAUAAAAACAAAAACAAUGAUUAAUGCAAAAUUAAGUUCUCACCUUUAAUGUUUAUUAAUGUAUGCUCCACAUUGUUCACAUAUAGAAUUAAAACUCAAAAGUCAAAUAUAUGUCAUCGAGAGCUGUUUCGAAAAGUGCGGAAAACAUUGGUUCAGCUGCGUCCGCGUCAGUGAAUGCAUUUUAUGUUUGUUUAGGGUUGAGAAAAUCAAGAGAUAUUUAUUAUUUGUCGACGAUAAGGCAUUAUUAAAUGCCCUCAUAGAUAUUCUAAGCAAAUAAGAAGACUUGGUACAUUAUCAGUGCCACGGAUGCAACGUUCCACCGAACGUGAUCAUGGUUACCAAGUUUUUCUUGUUCUUUUUUUGUGCUAGCUACCCUGUUGUCUAUAGCAUUUCUACUAAAGAGAUAAAACAAUGCUGUGGCUUAGGUACGAACUUUGCUUCCUCUGGACACGACUGUAAAGAUUUCAAACCGGAAUGGGCUGGACCAAGAUUAGCUAACGAAAAAGUGUGUUUAAGUACUGCCGAUGUGUGCUGCAAAAAGCAAAACCGAGAAAAACAGUGCAUGCAAGGCACUACGGACGCUAUGAAUGGGGUAGCAUGUCCAUCAGAAGAUGGAGAUAGAAAAGACUGCUGUGAGGCUUGCCAGGCGGGUAUAGACAAUGCUCGGGCACAAGAUCAAUGCUCGGGUUUAGGAUUGGGCGCGCCGUACGAUGAUGCUUUCAACAGGUGUUGCAAAGACUACAAAACGUCUUCAAGCCCAACUUCAACAAGUACGUUACCAACAAUCACUACUACAAAAGGCACCACAGCAUCAAGACCAACACCGACGCCUAAUAAUAAUUACUUUAAUACACCUAUUGAAAAUAUUUGCGAUUCAGACGUUUGUGCUCAAAUGUGUGAACCAGUAGGAGAUUCUUUUAAAUGCGAUUGUUACAAAGGUUUUAUACUCAUGGAGGACGGUAUAUCCUGUCGUCCAGAAAAAAGAGUAAUAAAAAAAGGUGGAAGAUGUGAGUUAUAUAAUCCGUGCGACCACGAUUGCAUAGAUACAGGAACAGCUAUCAAGUGUUCAUGUCGUGAGGGAUAUCAGCUAGCUGAUGAUAACAGGACGUGCCAAGAUAUUGACGAAUGUGUGUUAAACCUCCACGACUGCACUACAGUUGAGGAUUGCAUUAACGAAAUAGGAACAUACUCCUGCUACGAUCCAAUUUUAGACAACGAAACUAUAGAUUUUGAAAAUAAAUGUCCUACUGGAUAUAAAUAUAAUUUUGAUAAUCUUGUAUGUGACGAUAUUGACGAGUGCCAAUUUGACUUGAUUUGUGCUCCUCCAAAGACUUGUCGAAACACAAUAGGAUCUUUUGAAUGUGUAGGAGAUGAUGUACCUAAAUGCCCGCCCGGUUUUCACUACAAGGAUGCGACUGAAUCAUGUGCAGACAAUGAUGAGUGUCUUAGUGGCCAAAAUGAUUGCAAUAAGGAGUCCCAGUUUUGUGUGAAUACAAAAGGAAAUUAUACUUGUGUAGAUAAAGCUUCCAGAACUUCUUGUCCACCUGGGUUUAAAAAGAAUAGUAUAACCCAACUAUGUGAUGAUAUAAAUGAGUGUGAGGAGGCAGAUAACUUAUGCGACGAAAAUGAAACAUGCGUUAACGAACCAGGUGGUCAUACAUGUGUGCCAACUCAAAAUAAACCCACUACUAAAGUAAUUAAAACUUCUACUAUUACCCAUACGACAAGUACUACUCCAGCUACUACAACCCAAAAGAUAAUUUGUCCUAGAGGUUACAGCUAUGCAGAAGAGACCCAUGUAUGUACAGAUAUAAAUGAAUGCCAAGUUGGUCUACACAAUUGUGCAGUAGCAGAAAGAUGUGACAAUACCAUAGGAUCGUAUCAUUGUUCCAGGAUUUUCGGUUGUGGAACAGGAUACACUUUAAACUCAGCGAAUGGAUUAUGCGAAGAUGACGACGAAUGUCUUCUAGGAACUCAUAACUGCAGAGAACUUGGCCAGAACUUUAAAUGCAGAAACACAUUGGGUUCUUAUCGUUGCGAGCCUAUAAGACAAUACUAUACUCCUAGUACGACAAGUACAGAAAGAAGUUAUUCUAGAUAUUCUCCUGUUCCACAGAAUCCAUCUAGAUAUCCUGAUAACAAUGCAGCGGCUUAUACACCACCUGAAAAUCGGACUCCUGUGUACGAACCACCUUUUGUAUCGUCUAGAGCCUAUACAGUUCAAACAACUCCCAGUACUACUAGUGAAACUACUAUUAUAUCUUAUCCUAAUUAUAACUUAUAUCCCAACCCAUCAAGGAGCAACAGCAGUGUUGUAGCUGGCACUUUGUUUCCUAUUGGUAGGUUUACCACACCUUCUACAACAACUAGUACCACUACCACUCCGCGUCCAACACUACACUUUAGACCUCACUCUACAGCUACAGAUGAGACCCUUCCUUACUAUUCGCCUAAAAUUAAAACUACAGGUGAAACCUUACCAUAUUAUUCUCCUAAACCUACUACUAACAGUUACACUACUGUACAUUUUGUACUACCAGAAAGACCCACUCCACUGAACCCUUACUAUGACAUCAUUAAUGGCCAGUUCAGGAAAUGCUUACCUGGUUAUCGAAUCAACUUUAGAGGACAAUGCGAAGACAUCGAUGAAUGCGAGAGCAACCCUUGUAGAAGGAAUGAAAAAUGUUUGAAUUUCAAAGGAAGAUUUGAAUGUGUUCCUCCAAUGCAGUGUAAAAAAGGUUUUGAGCUCAGCGAAUCUGAUGAUUCAUGUGUUGAUGUAAAUGAGUGUUCAAGGGGAAUACACAUAUGUUUACCAUCGCAAAUAUGUAAAAAUUACCAUGGAUAUUACACCUGUGAAUGUCCUCCUGGGCAUCAUUUGAAUAAAAGGACUAACGAAUGUGAAGAUUUGGACGAGUGUAAAAUGUAUAGACCUUGCCGUUUUUCUUCAUCGCAGUGUGUCAAUUUGAAAGGAACGUUUAGAUGCGACUGCAAACCGGGCUUCCAAAGAAGAUCAGCUAACGAAUGUGAUGAUGUCGAUGAAUGUUUACAAACUCCAGACCUUUGUGAACAUUUCUGUGUUAACAUUUGGGGAUCUUACAGAUGCAGCUGCCGCCAAGGAUUUACUUUGAACAGGGAUAACAGGUCCUGUACUGAUAUAGAUGAAUGUGAAAGAUUUAAGGACAAGAGAUUAUGUAUAGGAAACUGCAAGAAUGUUCCAGGAAGUUACGUUUGCGAAUGUCCUCCAGGAUACAAGUUGGGAAGUGAUGGAAGAAUAUGCGUCGAUAUUGAUGAAUGUUCACAAAAUGUCUGCCUUUCCGAUGAAGUAUGUUUAAACACGCGGGGAGGUUUCAAGUGUUACAGAAUAAACUGUCCCCCUAAUUACAUAAAAGACAAAGAGCACAAAUCCCGCUGCAAACGCUUAUUCUGUGAUCCAAGGGAUUACCAGUGCACCCUAAUGCCAGAGCAAUACACUUACCAAUACAUCACGCUGGUGUCCAACUUACCCUUAACUCAAGGACACAUCAACUUGUUCAAAAUCAAAGGACCUGAAUGGUAUUCGUCUAGGGCGGAAUUUACUCUUAAACUGUUAGACGUUGUAUGUCCACACAAUGUUGAACGAGUAAAUGAAGGUUAUUUUAAAAAAGAUAAUGAUCAAUUUAAUAGUAUGGCUCUAUAUUUGGUCAGGUCCAUACAAGGACCACAAGAGAUCAAAUUACAAAUAGAAAUGCGUCUGUUCCAAGGAAACGUCAUCAUAGGAAACGCAGUUGUUUAUAUUAUUAUUGUUGUGUCCGAGUUUCCAUUUUAAUUUUAAAUGGAUAAUUUUAUAAAAAUGUAAAUAUAGAUUAUACUUUCCAUAUAGUUCUACUUAACGAUGUUAUUUUUACGCUAUUAGAAACUAAUAGGUAGGGAUUGGUAGAAGCAUUAUUGAUAGGUUAAGAAUGAAUUUAAUUUUGUAAUAAAUACUAAAAAAU